CGUCAUGAAAUUCUCGGGUGCAGCAGCUUCUAAACUGUGGGCGUUUUUUUUUUUCCUUUCCUCAAUCUUUUUUCUUUUCGGGGUGUUGCCUGCCUGGAAGUUUCGCCGGUUUGUCGCAAGAGAAACAGAAACGGACUUUUUCUAAUAACCACAACAUUCAUCAACUUUGUCCGCAUUCGAGGACCUCCCCGCGCACUUUGUUCGUACUUCUCAGCCAACUGCUCUCGACUUGUUUUACUUUAGCCGCCGUUAGCUCGCUAAGCUAACCGGGGAUUGAGCUGCUGUAGCCUUUGCUAGCGAGACGGACGUCCGAUGCAGGCCAUUAAGUGUGUGGUGGUGGGGGACGGGGCUGUGGGUAAAACAUGCCUGCUCAUCAGCUACACUACCAAUGCCUUCCCUGGAGAGUACAUCCCCACCGUCUUCGACAACUACUCUGCAAAUGUGAUGGUUGAUGGGAAACCAGUGAACCUGGGCCUGUGGGAUACGGCGGGGCAGGAAGACUACGACCGGCUGCGGCCUCUGUCCUACCCUCAGACGGAUGUUUUCCUGAUUUGCUUUUCCCUCGUCAGUCCGGCCUCCUUUGAAAACGUCCGUGCCAAGUGGUACCCUGAGGUGAGACACCACUGCCCAAACACACCCAUCAUCCUGGUGGGCACCAAGCUGGACCUGAGAGACGACAAGGACACUAUUGAAAAACUGAAGGAGAAGAAGCUCUCUCCGAUCACGUACCCUCAGGGCUUGGCCAUGGCGAAAGAAAUAAGUUCGGUGAAGUACCUGGAGUGCUCCGCCCUGACGCAGCGCGGCCUCAAGACGGUGUUCGACGAAGCCAUCCGAGCGGUCCUGUGCCCCCCGCCCACCAAGCAGAGGAGGAGGAAGUGCAGAAUAUUUUAAGGGACUACGGGGGGGGGGGGAGGAGAGGACGGGUGGUCCCAAAUAUCUUUUCACCCCUCGUGUCCUUGCUCACGUAGAAGCUCCGGUAGUUGGUACUUUGAGUUUCCACUUGUUCACUUGCAUCUGUUUAGUUUGACGUAAAUACAUUGAUUUUUGUUAAGGCCUUUGGGGAAUGUGAGGGGGGGGGGGGGGUUGUAAUCUGGGGGUUGAUUUAAGGAGGAUUUUAUAAGAAGUCAAAUGUGUCAUUUUCCUCACACACUACAGACAAACAUUACUAGAGUGGUUUUAUCAUGAAAGGACUCCGAGUGGAGGAGGUCCUGCACUCGUCUCCUACACACUAAGAUUCCUGCUGCCUUGGUGACACUAGUUUGAGAGGAGAAAUGUGGUUUGGAAGCUCCGAUGUCGUCUCUUUAUCGCCAUGCCAGCUGUGGUUUAGUUUACACGCGUCAUCUGGCUGGACUGAGGUGUUGCCAAGAUUCCCUCAAUGGUUCCCUUCUGUAGUCACUUCAGGAAACUACAAGGCCUUUUUUCUGUUUUGUAUCAUCAUACGGCCGAGCAGCAAAAGAUGACUUUUUACAAUUGU